UUUCCAUAAUUAAAAAAAAACCACAUACACAUAACACAUUACACUGUAUUCCGUAUUGUAUAUUCUAUCGACUGCUUGUAUUAGCUCUGUUUAACGCAACUAAUAUUUACUUAAAAUAGGAUUUUAUUUAUUUAUUAUUAACCCGUUGCAAACGAUCAAUACAAUAUAUUAAUUUCACACUUUGAACAAUACCGCACAAAUGUUUAACAAAGUUUCUGCUAAUUAUUAAAACAAGAAUAAUGAAGAGUAAAAAAAUUAAUGUAACUUUUUUAUUCUUAUUUUGUCUAAGCAAUAUUUAUUAUGUGUCUACCGAACCAAUUUCCUUAAUAGCAGGCUCUUCCAUACUCAUUGGCACAUAUUUUGGAUGGGAUACAAUAAAGUCCAACACAAUUUGUCAUUUUACGGAAUGCUGCGAUAAAAAAUAUGUACCAUAUGAUAUAGACAAACUGAAAGAAUUACUAUCACAGAAAAUGUUUGGUCAACCUCUUGUAACUGAGUUAAUAAAUGUUUUGAGUGCACAUAAAGAAGCAUUACAUCAUAGCACUAAAAGGAACAAGAAAGCUCUUGUAAUAAGUUUGCAUGGUUGGUCCGGGGUGGGCAAAAACUAUGCCACAAGUAUGAUAGCAGAAUCUUUGUUCAUUAAAGGAAUGGAGAGCAAGUUUGUAAAAAUGUUUAUGGGAAAAAAGGAUUUUGAUUGUACUAAAAUACAUGAAACGCAGAUGAAACUGAUUGAUGAUGUCAAAAUGAUUGUUAAAAAUUGUCCAACUGCAUUAAUUAUAUUUGAUGAAAUCCAUGAAAUGUGUCCAACUAUUCUUGAUGCAAUUAAACCCAUGUUAGAUCAUCACCAUGCAGUUGAUGGAAUCGAUUUUAGGGAUAGUGUAUUUGUUUUUAUUUCCAAUAUUGGUGGAAAAGAAAUAUCUAGCAAGCUCUUAGAAUUAUAUAAUGAAGGUUUAAAGAGGAAUGAAGUAGAUUUUCAAAAUUUUGAACCUAUUAUAAGAAGAACAGCAUACAGUACAGGUGGUUUUGAAAAAUCUGCUACCAUAGCUCAAAAUUUAAUUGAUCACUACAUACCAUUUUUACCCCUUGAACAACAGCAUGUUGAGACCUGUGCAUUAGCUGAAUUUAGAGCCCAUGGGGUAUAUCACCCAACAGAAGAAAUGAUGGUAGAUGCCUUGUCAGUUAUUACCUAUGGACCUACAGUGGAUCAGCCUAUUUUUGCAAAUAAUGGUUGUAAAAGAUUUACAAAACAAAUUCCAUAUGUAAUUCAGAAACACAAAGUCAAGAGUGAUUUAUAAAUGGUUAAAAACCAGUUGUAAAAAAUUUCAAAGCUCUAAUUAUUAUUUUACAAGCAGCUUAUAAAGCUAAUGUCUCAUUUACUUUAAAUGGCAACUGAGUACCUGUACCCCAAUUUUUUAUUUUAUAAUUUGUGUUUGUUGUCUGUUUGAUUUAAAUUCUGACCCAAGUGUGAGUUUGGAAGAUGGAUUAGUUUAUAAUAGAUACAAAGAACAUCUUGAUUCUAUUGUUAUAUAAUUCAUA